AGUAAACAAAGACAAAGGGGAAGGGAAAGGGAAAGGAAGAGGAGAAGAAGUGACGAAGACAGUGCGAAAAUCAAGGAGCACGGCCCACUACGGCCACCAUCAGCUCCCAGGAGCUCCAAAGAGACGAUGGACGGGCGGAUCCGUGGCCGCGGAUGGGGGACGCAGGCAGCAGUUGGGGCUCCGCUGCUGCUCCUGUUCCUGUUGUCUGCCAUGGACCCCUGCUGCCAGGCGGAAGAGAUCAAGCUGGGGCCCACGCUGGAGCUACUAGCGCCCCGCGGGCGCAGCUACGCCACCACCUACGAACAGUACGCGGCCUUUCCGAGGCGACGCAGCUCCUCGCCGGCGGGCGAGAUGCAGUCCCGCGCUGUUGACACCAGUGCAGACUUCGAGGUGCUCGAGGGCCAGCCGCGUGGCACCCUCGUGGGCUUCAUACCCACCAAGCCGAAGUUCACGUACCGCUUCAACGAGCCCCCGCGCGAGUUCUCGCUGGAUCCCGUCACUGGGGAGGUGAAAACGAACCUGGUGCUCGACCGCGAGGGCAUGCGCGACCACUACGACCUGGUGGUGCUCUCCUCGCAGCCCACCUACCCCAUAGAGGUCCGCAUCAAGGUGCUCGACAUCAACGACAAUGCGCCCGAGUUUCCGGAGCCCAGCAUCGCGGUCUCCUUCUCCGAGAGCGCCGUGUCGGGAACGCGUCUGCUGCUAGACGCAGCCACCGAUGCGGACACCGGCGAGAACGGGGUCACCGACCAGUACGAGAUUGUGGACGGCAACGUGGACCACAAGUUCCGCCUGGCCACCACCACCAAUCCCAGCGGGGACACAUCCUACCUGCACCUGGAGACGACGGGCAACCUGGACCGCGAGUCGCGGGGCAGCUACCAGCUGAACAUAUCGGCCCGCGACGGCGGCUCCCCGCCCCGCCUGGGAUACCUGCAGGUGAACGUGACCAUUCUGGACGUGAACGACAACCCGCCCAUCUUCGACCACAGCGACUACAACGUCUCGCUGAACGAGACGGCUGUGGCCGGCACCCCAGUGGUCACUGUCAUGGCCUCGGACAACGACCUGGGCGACAACAGCAAGCUGACGUACUAUCUGGCCGAAACGGAGCACCAGUUCACAGUGGACCCGGAGACGGGCGUCAUCUCCACCACGGAGCGCGUCAAUUGCCCCCAGCAGACGCAGCAGAAUGCCAGAGGCGGGGGCCAGAAGAGCUGUGUUUUCACGGUGUUUGCGCGGGACCACGGCUCCCCGCGGCAGGACGGGCGCACCUAUGUGACGGUGAACCUCUUGGACACCAACGACCACGAUCCCAUCAUUCGAUUCCAGUACUUUCCACCCACUGGCAGCGUGGCCACCGUCGAUGAGAAUGCCGCCAACGGCACCGUCGUGGCCGCCGUGUCUGUGAUUGACUCGGACGAUGGCCUCAACGGAGAGACCACCACUCGGAUCGUGUCCGGCAAUGAGCUGGGCCACUUCCGGCUGGAGAAGACGCCACUCUUUCACAUUGUGCGCGUGAACGGAGUGCUCGAUCGGGAGGAGAUCGGAAAGUACAACCUGACCGUCGUGGCCAUGGACAAGGGCACGCCGGCACGCACCACGACGGCCCAUCUGAUCAUAGACGUGAACGAUGUGAACGACCACGACCCGGUGUUCGAGAAGUCCGAGUAUUCGGCGGUGCUCAGCGAGCUGGCACCCACCGGCAGCUACGUGGCAUCGAUAACGGCCACGGAUGAGGACACGGGUGUCAAUGCGCAGAUCCACUACGAGAUCCUCUCGGGCAACGAGCUCAAGUGGUUCUCGAUUGACGCCGCCACCGGCCUGAUUGCCACAGCCGGUGCUCUGGACAGGGAGAUCAGGGACAGCGUGGAGCUGAGCAUAUCGGCCCGCGACGGCGGCCCCAAUCCAAAGUUCGCCUACACGCAGCUGAAGGUGACCGUUCUGGACGAGAACGACGAGGCACCGCAGUUCGGGCAGCGGCAUCUGAACGUGAGCCUCAGCGAGGACGUGGCACCCCAGAGCCUGGUCUCCAUGCUGACUGCCACCGAUCACGACCAGGGCACGAACGGCUCUGUCGCAUUCGCGCUGGCGCCCAGCGUGGAGCGUCUCUAUCCGCAGCAGUUCGCGAUCGACUCCAUAACGGGCCAAUUAACGACGCGCAAGGCGCUCGAUCGUGAGACAAUGGCGAAUUAUGAAAUUUUUGUGAUCGCCCGCGACCAGGGUGCACCCACUCCACAGUCGGCCACGGCCACCGUCUACUUGAGCGUCUCAGAUAUCAACGAUAACGAUCCCGAGUUUUAUCCCAAGCACUACAUCUACACGUUCAGCGACGUGGAUGAUCAUAUGGAGAUGGAGAAUGAGACUGAGACUGGGAACGGGAGCGGGAAGGCAAAGGAACGAACGCUGCUCCAUGUCACGGCCACAGAUUGGGACGAGGGCGAUAAUGCCUUAAUUACGUACACCCUGGAGUCAGGUGGCGAGGGCGUGUUCCACGUUGACGCGCACUCUGGCGCUGUGCUGCUGCGUGGCGACAUGCUACGCACCGCCACAAAGCCCCACUAUAAGCUGCUGGUCUCUGCCCGGGACUCGGGCCAGCGACGUAGCGCACAGGACGCUGUCGUGGACAUUGUGCUGCUGUCGAAGACAGAGACAGCGACAGGGACAGGGACAGACCUGGAGUGUGGCAGCCAGGGCGCCUAUGAGUUUCACCUUGCCGAGGAUCACGAGCAGCAGCCGGCGCGCCUCGGUCGCGAGGUGGGACUUGUGCAGGUUAAGGUUAAGGGACAGGUGGCUGCCAUCGAGUACGUCAUUAUCCAUGGGGACAGGGCUGGCAACUUUGCCAUCGAUCCCCACUCUGGCCGCAUCACCACCGCACGCCCCAUCGAUCGAGAAGAGCAGUCCCACUAUCGGCUGGUUAUCUUGGCAUCCAGUUCCAACUCUGCCACUGCCACUGGCUCUGGCUCUGGCCCUGGCCCUAGCACUGGGAUUGUGUAUGGCAAGUGCAAUGUCAACAUUGCGAUCAUCGAUCUGAACGAUAAUGCGCCCAGCUUCGCUCUGGAUCGUGAUGCUGAGCCAACGAUCUCGCUGCCAGAGAACGCUGCCGUGGGGCAGGAGAUUUACCUGUCGCGAGUGCGUGACCGGGACGCAGGCAUCAACAGUCGCGUCAGCUACAACCUCACCCACAACCCGGACCAGCAGUUCCGGAUUGGGCCAGUGACUGGAGUGCUGUAUCUGCAGCGCCCGGUCCGAGCGGAGCCGGGCUCCAUUCUGCGCGUGGAGCUGAUGGCCACGGAUGCGGGCAGCCCGCCGCUGUCCAACAGGCUCAGCCUCCUGGUGCACAUUGCCGACGUGAACGAUCACACGCCCGUGUUCGACCACACCUCGUACGAGACGUCGCUCCUGGAGACGACCAAGGUGAACACGCGCUUCUUUGCGCUGGCCGCCACCGACAUCGAUCUGGGGGAGAACGGCCGCAUCUCGUACGAGAUCAUUGAGGGGAACGCGGAUCGCAUGUUCGGCGUAUUCCCGGACGGCUAUCUGUUCGUGCGUGCCCCACUGGACCGGGAGGAGCGCGACUAUUACGCCCUGACAGUGUCCUGCCAGGAUGCGGGCGACCCCUCGCGCUCCUCCGUUGUGCCCGUGGUCAUCCAUGUCAUCGAUGAGAACGACAAUGCGCCGCAGUUCACCAACAGCACCUUCACCUUCAGCAUUCCGGAGAACGCGCCCGCGGACACGUUCGUUGGCAAACUGCUGGCCGUGGACCGGGACAUUGGCCGCAACGCAGAGCUCAGCUUCACGCUGUCCACGCAGACGCAGGACUUUACGAUAGACACGCGCAACGGCUUCAUCAAGACCCUCCGGCCCUUCGAUCGGGAGGCCCUGGUCAAGGAGAACCGGAACACGGAGGGCAGCAGCAGCAGCAGCGAAGAGGAGCGCAGUGCCAGCCGGGGAUACGCCAACUAUAUGAUCCUGGAGGCGAUGGUCUCGGACAACGGCAGUCCGCGGCUGCACGACAAGGUCAAGGUGAAGGUGAUUGUCACGGAUGUCAACGACAAUGCGCCCGAGUUCCUGCGUGCCCCGUACCAUGUGACCCUCUCCGAGGGCGCCUCCGAGGGCACGCACAUCAUGCACGUGUUCACCCAGGACGCGGAUGAGGGCCUGAACGGCGAUGUGUACUACUCCCUCGCCAGGGGCAACGGAGCGGGCCUGUUCAGCCUGGACAGUGCCACGGGGCAGCUGACGCUGGCCAGAAAGCUGGACCGCGAGUCCCAGGAUGUGCAUCACCUGGUCGUCGUGGCCCGCGACGCAGCCCUGAAGCAGCCGCUCAGCUCGAAUGCCAGCAUCAGCAUUGUGGUGCUGGACGAGAACGACAACGCCCCGGAGUUCACGCAGUCGAGCAGCGAGGUGUCGGUGCUGGAGACGAGCCCCAGUGGCACGGAACUGAUGCGCUUCCGGGCCAGCGAUGCGGACCAGGGCGUCAACAGCCAGGUGGUCUUCAGCAUAUCGGCGGGCAACCGCCGGGACACCUUCCACAUCGACAGCCUGAGCGGCAGCCUCUAUCUGCACAAGGCGCUCGACUACGAGGACAUCACCAGCUACACGCUCAACAUCACGGCCUCGGACUGCGGCACUCCGUCGCUGUCCACCACCGUCCUCUACAACGUGGUGGUCGUGGACGACAACGACAAUCCGCCCAUCUUCCCCAGCACGGCGAUUGUGCGGCAAAUCAAGGAGGGCAUUGCCCUGAAGACCCCGAUAGUCACCGUCACUGCGGACGAUCCCGACUCGGGACUGAACGGCAAAGUGGGCUAUGCCAUCAGCAGGCAGGAGCCCGAGCUGGCGGGCGGACGGCACUUUGGCAUCAACACGGAGACGGGAGUCAUCCACACUCUGCGGGAGAUCGACCGCGAGACCAUAGACACGUUCCGGCUGACGGUGGUGGCCACCGAUCGAGCACAGCCCUCGAGCAGGCAGCUCUCCACGGAGAAGCUGGUGACGGUGAUUGUCGAGGACAUCAACGACAAUGCCCCCAUCUUUGUGUCCAUGAAUGCGGCCAUCCUGCCACUGAAGCUGCUGGCCAACAGGGAGGAGCCCGUGAUACAGGUGCAAGCACGGGACGCGGACUCCUCGAGCAAUGGCCUGGUCACAUACGAGAUCGUGAGCGGCCAGCAGGAGCUGUUCCGGCUGCAGCGCAACACGGGCAUCAUCACCUUCAGCCCGGGGGCCCAGUACAAGCCCGAGAUCCGGCACCAGCUCACCCUCAAGGCCACGGACGAGGCGGUGCAGAGCGAGCGAAGGAGCAGCGAGGUGUACAUAACGAUCAUCACGCCUGGCACGCCCGGCAACGAUUUGCCCGUGCCCCUUUUCGAGCAGCCCAACGCCCUGUCCGGCUCCGUGUAUGAGAACGAGCCGAUCGGCACGAGCAUCCUCACGGUGAGUGCCCAUCUUCCGGGCUCCGAAAUCGAGUACUUUGUGACGAAUGUGACUGCGGGGAACAGAGCCCUGCCCGUGCAGGUGGACCGCCUGUUCGACAUCGAUGCGAAGCUGGGAAUACUCUCGACGGCGGCCGAACUGGACCGCGAGGCCGGGCCGGACAGCUACGAGGUGGAGGUCUAUGCCAUCGCUCUGGGCGGACAGCCGCGCACAGCGCACACAAAGGUCAAAGUAACAGUUCUCGAUAAGAACGACAGUCCCCCGCAGUUCCUCGAUGCGCCAUUCGUUUACAAUGUCAGCGAGGAGCUGGAGAUCGGACACACCAUUGCAACGAUACGCGCCCACGAUCCCGAUACCCUGGGCACUGUCAAGUUCAUGCUGAUUAACGGCCAUGACGGCAAGUUCCAGCUGGAUCCGACGACUGGCAGGCUGUCGCUGAACGACACCCUCGACCGGGAGACGAAGAGCAACUACGAUGUGCGCAUUCGGGUCUCCGAUGGGGUACAGUACACGGAGACCUACAUAACCAUCGAGGUGAGCGACACCAACGACAAUCCACCGAUGUUUGAGGAGGCCGUGUACUCGUUCGAUAUUCCGGAGAAUGCUCCCCGGGGCUAUCAGGUGGGUCAGGUGGUGGCCAGAGAUGCGGAUCUCGGCCCGAACGCCCAGCUGUCCUACGGCGUCGUCUCGGACUGGGCCAACGAUGUAUUCAGCCUUAAUCCGCAAACGGGGAUGCUCACCCUCACUGCCCGCUUGGACUACGAAGAGGUGCAGCACUACAUUCUGAUUGUGCAGGCCCAGGACAGUGGUCAGCCCAGCCUAUCGACCACCAUCACAGUGUACUGCAACGUUCUCGACCUCAACGACAACGCGCCCCUGUUCGAUCCCAUGAGCUACUCGAGCGAAGUGUUUGAGAAUGUGCCCACGGGCAUGGAGGUGGUCACUGUCUCAGCCAAGGACAUCGACUCGGGCAACAAUGGACUCAUCGAGUACAUCAUCACAGCAGGAGACGCCGACGAGGAGUUUGGCAUCGAUAGCAACGGCACCAUCCGAACGCGUCGCCAGCUCGACCGGGAGCGCCGCUCCUCGUACACUUUGACGGUGACAGCCCGCGACUGUGCCGAUGAAAUUGCCACUUUCAGUGAGCUGGAGGAGACGCAGCUGAAGCUCAAGUACCGCUCGCCCAGACGGUACCAGCAGACGCACCAGCAGCAACAGUUUCUGGCCCAUCAGAAGCAGCAGCGACUCUCAUCGACUGUGAAGGUAACGAUACUCAUCAAAGAUGUCAACGACGAAGUGCCCGUGUUCGUUUCCGCAAACGAAACGUCGAUCAUGGAGAACGUGGCCAUCAAUACGGUUGUUAUCGCGGUGAAAGCCGUCGACUACGACGAGGGACGCAAUGGCUACAUCGAUUAUCUGCUUGAGGAGGCAGCGACAGGCGACGACGACGACGAUGACGCUGCUGAGCCGCUUCCCUUUUCCCUUAAUCCGACCGACGGCCUGGUGCGCGUUGUGGAUGCCCUGGACCGCGAGCUGCGUUCCAGCUACGUUCUGAAUAUAACGGCACGCGACCGGGGGGAGCCCCCGCAGGCCACCGCCACCCAGCUGCUGGUGCGAAUACUCGAUGAGAACGACAACAGUCCAGUGUUCGAUCCGAAGCAGUACUCGGCCUCGGUGGCGGAGAACGCCAGCAUUGGGGCGAUGGUGCUGCAGGUGUCCGCCACGGAUGUGGACGAGGGAGCCAACGGCCGCAUUCGCUACUCCAUUAUGACUGGCGACCAGAACCAGGACUUCAGCAUCAGCGAGGACACGGGCGUGGUGCGGGUGGCCAAGAACCUGAACUACGAGCGGAAGGCACGCUACACCCUCACCGUGCGCGCCGAGGACUGUGCCGUGGAGAACAGUGCCAGUGACACGGCGGAGCUGACCAUCGGCAUCCUCGAUAUUAACGACAAUCGACCCACGUUCCUCGACUCGCCGUACCUGGCGCGUGUCAUGGAGAACACGGUGCCGCCGAACGAUGGCUACGUCCUCACGGUGAACGCGUACGACGCGGACACACCGCCCCUCAAUUCGCAGGUGCGCUACUUCCUGAAGGAGGGCGACACGGAUCUGUUCCGCAUAAACGCCUCGACGGGCGCCAUCGCCCUGCUGAAGCCGCUCGACCGCGAAAUGCAGAGCGAAUACAUACUCACGCUGGUGGCCAUGGACACGGGAUCCCCGCCCCUCACAGGCACUGGCAUCGUGCGCGUCGAGGUGCAGGACAUCAACGACAAUGGCCCCGUCUUCGAGCUGCAGUCGUACCACGCCAGCAUCCAGGAGAACCUGCCCAUAGGCACCCUGGUGCUGCAGCCCACAGCCACGGACAGGGAUGCGGGGCUGAACGCGAAGCUUCGCUUCAAUCUGCUGGGCGAGCACAUGGCGCGGUUCCACAUAGACACGGAAACGGGAGAGAUCACCACAGCCACUGUGCUGGAUCGCGAGGAGACCGCCGUGUACCAUCUGACGCUCAUGGCCCAGGAUAGUUCCAUCACCGAGCCCCGUGCCUCGUCCGUGAAUCUCACCAUUAGCGUGGGCGAUGUGAACGACAAUGAGCCCAAGUUCGAGUCCGGCAGCUACAGCAUUGCGGUGCCAGACAGGAUAGCAGCGGGAGAGUUUGUUUUUGGGGCCAGGGCCGUGGACCUGGACGAGGGCGACAAUGCCGUCAUCCACUACAGCAUCAGUGGCAGGGACCAGGAGUGCUUCGAGGUGAACGUCAAGACGGGAGCGAUAAGCACAAGGCUGGAGCUGAAGAGCAAGAAGAAACCCCCUGGCGACCCCGCGAUCUUCAGCAUCCAAAUGCACGCCACGGACCAGGGACAGACACCGCAGACCUCCACGGCGGAGCUGUCGGUGAUGCUGCGCCCCGCCGAACUCUUUCCCACGUACUCGUACAUGGCCAACACACGCUUCACCCUGCCGGAGGAUGUGCAGCCGGGCAAGAUUGUCACCAAAGUCACAGCCACCUCGCCCAAAAAGGGAUCCGCCGGCAACGUACGCUAUGGAAUAGCCGGUGGCAAUAUGGGAGACGCGGUGCGCAUCGAUGCCAGCAGCGGAGCCCUCAGUGUGGGUCGCGACGGCCUCGACUAUGAGCUGACGCACUUGUACGAGAUCUGGGUGGAGGCGGCCGAUGGCGACAUGCCCAGCCUGCGCAGCGUUAUGCUGGUGACCAUCAACGUGACGGAUGCCAACGACAAUGCCCCGGUCAUGGAGAGGCUCAUCUACAACGCAGAGGUUCUGGAGGAGGAGUCGCCGCCGCAGCUGAUUGCCGUUGUCAAGGCCAGGGAUCGGGACUCUGGGGACAAUGGGGAGGUCAGCUACCGUCUGAGCAACGACUACGAGGGCACGUUCGAGAUCACUGAUGCCGGCGAGAUUUACACGACCAUGCGACUCGAUCGCGAGGAGCUGAGCGACUACGCUUUCGUGGUGGAGGCCGUCGAUCAGGGCGUGCCUCAGCUAACGGGCACAGCCAGCGUGCUGCUGCACCUCCUCGACAAGAACGACAAUCCGCCCAAGUUCACGCGACUCUUUUCGCUCAACGUAACGGAGAACGCAGAGAUCGGGAGCUUUGUCAUCCGCGUGACGUCGUCGGACCUGGACCUGGGCCAGAACGCCAACGCCACGUACUCCUUCAGCGCGAAUGAGGGGGAGAAGUUCAGGAUCGAGCCCCUCAGCGGCAACAUCACCGUGGCGGGACAUCUGGACCGGGAGCAGCAGGACGAGUACAUACUGAAGGUGGUCGCCUCGGACGGCGCUUGGCGAGCGGAGACGCCCAUCACGAUCACCAUCCAGGAUCAGAACGACAAUGCCCCGGAGUUUGAGCAUAGCUUCUACAGCUUCAGCUUCCCGGAGCUGCUGCAUCCGGUGGCCCUUGUGGGCCAGAUCAUAGCCACCGACCGGGACAAGCAGGGUCCCAACUCUGUCAUCUCGUACUCGCUGCAGCAGCCGUCGCCCAUGUUCAGCAUCGAUCCAGCCACGGGCGAGAUCUUCAGCAAGAAGGUGAUCCAGUACAAGCGAUCGCAGUACGUCCGCUCUCCGGAGAACAUGUACGCCCUCACGAUCCUGGCCACGGACAAUGGGAAGCCGCCCCUCUACUCGGAGUGUCUGGUGAACAUCAACAUUGUGGAUGCCAAGAACAAUCCGCCCAAGUUCGAGCAGGCCGCGUACCUGUCGCCGCUGCCGGAGCACGCCCGUCCGGGCCAGCGCAUUGUGCGGGUGCAUGCCACGGACAAGCAGGACAUGGGUGCCGCCAAUGAGAUGGACUAUGCCCUGGUGAACGGCAACCUGAGCGCGUCCUUCGCCAUCGGCAAGCACGAUGGCUGGAUAUCGUUGGCCAAGCCCCUCCUGAAUGUGCCCACGAACUCCCGCUUCGAGCUCACCGUCAAGGCCAUCGAUCACGGGGUGCCGCCGCAGUCGGACCAGACCCGCGUCACCAUUGUGGUCACGGGCGAGAACCACCACACGCCCGAGUUUACAGCGCGCAGCUACCAGGUGAUUGUGCCCGAGAAUGAGCCGAUAGGAUCCACAAUCCUGACAGUGGGCGCCACGGACAAGGAUGUGGGGCCCAAUGGAAUGCUGCGCUACGCCAUUUCGGGCGGCAACGAACGCCGCGACUUCCUGGUGGAUGAGCUCACGGGCGGGAUUCUGAUUCGGCAGCAGCUGGACUACGAUCUGGUGCAGGAGUACCACCUGAAUAUCACAGUGCAGGACCUGGGCUUCCAGCCGCUGUCCGCUGUGGCCAUGCUGACCAUCAUCCUGACCGACGUGAACGACAAUCCGCCGCUCUUCAAUCAGUCCGAGUACCAUGGCUACGUGGCGGAGAACAGGCCAGUGGGCACCUUCGUGUUCCAGGCGCACGCCACCGACAAGGACUCGCCGAAGAAUGCCAUCGUGCACUACGCCUUCCUGCCGAGCGGCACCGAUCGCCACUUCUUCGUGAUGAACUCGAGCAACGGCAGCAUCUCGUCCGCGGCCACCUUCGACUACGAGGAACGGCGCACCUACACGAUGCAGCUGAAGGCCAAGAACCCCGACUCGAGCAUGGAGAGCUACGCCACGCUGCACGUGCACAUCCUGGGCGUGAACGAGUUCUAUCCGCAGUUCCUGCAGCCCGUCUUCCACUUCGAUGUGUCCGAGACAUCGGCCGUGGGCACCAUUGUGGGCGCCGUCCAGGCCACGGACAAGGACAGCGGCGAGGAUGGGCGCGUCUACUACUUGCUGGUGGGCUCCAGCAACGACAAGGGCUUCGCCAUCAACACCUACACGGGUGUAAUCCACGUGGCCCGGCACCUCGACCGCGAGACUCAGAACCGGGUGGUGCUCACAGUCAUGGCCAAGAACUACGGCAGCAUUAGGGGCAACGACACCGACGAGGCGCAGGUCAUUAUCUCCAUUCAGGACGGCAACGAUCCCCCCGAGUUCCUCAAGCGCUACUACACGUCAGUCAUCUCGGAGGCCGCUCCGAUCGGCACCAAAGUCACGACAGUCAGAGCCGUGGACAAGGAUGUGCGGCCGCAGAACAACCAGUUCAGCUACUCCAUCAUCAACGGCAACCUGAAGCAGGGCUUCAAAAUCGAUGUCCAGAGCGGGGAGAUAAGCACGGCUGCGCGGCUGGAUCGCGAGGAUAUCGCCCACUACAGCCUGGUGAUUGGGGCCAUCGACACCGGCCUGCCGCCCCAAACGGGCAGCGCCACAGUCCGCAUAGAUCUGGAUGACGUCAAUGACAAUGGUCCGGUGUUCGCGCCCGAAGGUCUACUCGGCUACGUCUCCGAGAACGAAGCCCCAGGUACAUCGAUCAUGACACUGUCGGCGACCGAUCCGGAUCUGCCGCGCAACGGCGGACCCUUCAGCUAUCAGCUGGUGGCGGGCAAGCACAAAUCCUGGCUGAGUGUGGACAAAAUCUCCGGCCUGGUGAAGUCCACGGCCAGCUUCGAUCGCGAGAUCACGCCCACCCUGGAGGCGGUGAUUGAGGUGGAGGACAGCGGCAAGCCGAGGCAGCGGGCCCAGCACACGCUCACAAUCACCGUGCUCGACCAGAACGACAAUCCAUCGACGCCACGCAACCUGCACGUGGCCGUCAGCAUCUUCAACGGAGACCUGCCCGCGCACCUGAAACUGGCCGACAUCCAUCCGAAUGACGUGGAUAUUGUCGGCGACUAUCGCUGCCGCUUGCAGACUCAGUCCCACGGACAGCUGCAGCUGACCAUACCCCGAGGCUGCGACCUGUACACCACGGCGCACACCACGCCCACAGCCUACGCCUACAGCUACACGGGCAACGAUGGCAAGCACAGCGAUGUCACCUCCAAGCUGACCGUCGACUUCCACAGCUUCAACAAUGAGACACUUGCCCACACGGUGUCCGUCCUGGUGCGGAACAUGACAGCGACGCAGUUCCUGGCGCAGCACUAUCGCUCCGUUGUGGAUAUGCUCAAGGCCCGCUUGGCCAGCGACGAUGAGCUCUUCCUGUACAGCCUCCUGGGAAACGGGGGGAAUGCCAGCAGCCUGGAGGUGCUGCUGGCCGUGCGCACCGCCAAGCGCAGCUACCAGCAGCCGCGCCACGUGAUUGAGCGUCUCCGGGAGAAGCGAGCCGCUCUGUCCGAGCUGCUGCAGAAGGAGGUGGUCAUUGGCUACGAGCCGUGCAGCGAGCCCGAAGUGUGUGAGAAUGGAGGCGUAUGCAGUGCCGCCAUCCGACUGCUGGACACCCACAGCUACGCCAGCGUGGACAGUCCGACGCUCGUCUUGAGUGGGCCACGCAUCGUGCAUGACUACAGCUGCCAGUGCACCAAUGGAUUCUCCGGGGAACAGUGCAACCGGCGGCAGGACCCCUGUCUGCCCAAUCCCUGCCAGCUGCAGGCCCAGUGCCGGCGCAUCGGCACCGACUUCCAGUGCGUCUGUCCAGCGAACCGGGAUGGCAAGCAGUGCCAGCGGGAGCGCAGCGACGUGUGCUGGAGCAAGCCCUGCCGCAACGGAGGCAGCUGCCAACGCAGCCCCGAUGGAUCGUCGUACUUUUGCCUCUGCCGGCCGGGAUUCCGGGGCAACCAGUGCGAGAGCGUCUCGGACUCCUGCCGACCCAAUCCCUGCCUGCACGGCGGCCUGUGCGUCAACCUUAAGCCGGGAUACAAGUGCAGCUGCACCUCGGGUCGCUACGGGCGACACUGCGAGCGCUUCAGCUACGGCUUCGAGCCGCUCUCCUUCAUGACCUUCCCCGCCCUGGACGUGACCACCAACGACAUAUCCAUUGUGUUUGCCACCACAAAGCCCAACUCCCUGCUGCUCUACAACUACGGCAUGCACAGUGGCGGCCGCUCGGACUUCCUGGCCAUUGAGCUGGUGCAGGGCCAGGCCUACUUCUCGUCGGGCGGGGCCCGAACGGCCAUCAGCACCGUGAUAGCCGGCCGCAAUCUGGCCGAUGGAAGCUGGCACAAGGUUACGGCCACACGCAACGGACGGGUCAUGUCGCUGAGCGUGGCCAAGUGUGCGGACUCUGGGGACGUGUGUGCCGAGUGCACUCCGGGUGACUCCAGCUGCUAUGCGGACGAAGUGGGUCCAGUGGGCACACUCAACUUUAACAAGCAACCGCUGCUGAUCGGUGGCUUGGCCUCUGCGGAUCCCAUCCUCGAGCGGCCUGGCCAAGUGCACAGCGAUGAUCUGGUGGGCUGCCUGCACAGCGUGCACAUCGCCGGACGCUCGCUGAACCUGAGCACACCGCUCCAAAAGAGGGGCAUUCUGCCCGGAUGCAAUCGGCAGGCGUGUCAGCCUUCCUUGGCGGCAGAGCGCUGCGGAGGGUUCGCCGGGCAGUGUAUAGACCGCUGGUCGAGCUCGUUGUGCCAAUGCGGCGGGCACCUGCAAUCGCCCGACUGCUCCGACUCCCUGGAGCCAGUCACCCUGAGCGGCGGGGCCUUCCUUGAGUUCAGAAUCUCCGAGCUGCAUCGUCGCAUGCAGCUGCUGGACAACCUGUACAACAGCAAGGACGCUUGGUCGGACAUUAGCACACGCGAAAGACGCCAAACCGUCAGUGUCAGUGCCAGUGCCAGUGCCAGCUCCAGGAAGAACAUUAGCAUCUCGGCAGCAUCCCAGAUAUACGAAGCGCCCAAGGUACUCAGUCUGCUCUUCCGCACUUACAAGGCGCAAGGACUGCUCCUGUAUUCGGCCACCAAUCAGAUGUUCACUUCGCUGUCGCUGCAGGAGGGAAGACUCGUCUACUUCUCCAAGCAACAACUGACCAUCAACAUGACGGUGCAGGAGCCAGCGACGCUGCACGAUGGCCGGUGGCACAACGUGAGUCUGCACAGCGAGAGUCGCAGUCUGCAGCUGUUCAUCGACGGCCAUCAGGUGGGCGACGAGCUCGACAUUGCCGGUGUGCACGACUUCCUGGACCCGUACCUAACCACACUGACUGUGGGCGGAGCGCCCAGUGAGCAGCAGGCCGAAGUGUUUGUCGGUUGCGUGGCAAACUUCACCAUCAAUCACGAGCUGCAGCCACUGAACGGGUCCGGCAGCAUCUUUCCCGAGGUGCGGCAUCACGGAAAAGUGGAGCUCGGCUGCAGCGGGGACAUUGGCGUGGAUGCGGCCCAAGUGGCGGACCCACUGAGCAUCGGCAUCACUCUGGUGAUCGUGUUCUUCGUCAUUCUGGUGGUCGCCAUCCUGGGAUCGUACGUGAUAUACCGAUUCCGUGGCAAGCAGGAGAAGAUUGGCAGCCUCAGCUGCGGCGUGCCGGGCUUCAAAAUCAAACACCCUGGCGGAGUGUUGGGCGGGCCACCAGUGCCGCAGAGUCAAGUGGAUCACGUGCUGGCACGAGGCCUGCACCCCAACGAAGCCCCCGCUCCACCGGUGGGAGCCAGCGAGCACCUGCGCCCACCCACCCACCAUCUGGUGGGCCCGGAGCUCCUCACCAAGAAGUUCAAGGAACGCAGCGAACUGACACCCACGGCAGAGCUGCCACAGCCACAGCAGCGUCCGCAGCGACCGGACAUCAUAGAACGGGAGGUCGUGGGCAAGAGUCCCCUUAUCAGGGAGGAGCACCAUCUGUCCAUACCGCCGCCGAAUUCAAUGCAUCCGCUCGACCACGGCAGCUCCGUGGACAUGGGCUCCGAAUACCCGGAACACUACGACCUGGAGAACGCCAGCUCCAUCGCUCCCUCGGACAUUGACAUUGUGUACCACUACAAGGGCUACCGCGAGGCGGGUGGCAUGCGCAAGUACAAGGCCACCUCUCCGCCGGUGGCCGCCUACACCCACCACAAGCACCAAAGCGCCGCCAGCCAGCAGCAGCAUCGGCACUCGCCACGACACGCCGUCAACGCUCCGUUCGUGUCCCGCAACCAGGGCGGACAGCCGCCGCCGCCGAACAGUGCCUCUCGCACCCAUCAGAGCACACCGCUGGCGCGUCUCUCGCCCAGCUCGGAGCUGAGUUCCCAGCAGCCGCGCAUUCUGACGCUGCACGACAUUUCGGGCAAGCCGCUGCAGAGCGCGCUGCUGGCCACCACCUCCAGCUCUGGCGGCGUGGGCAAGGAUGCCCUGCACAGCAACAGUGAGCGCAGCCUGAACAGCCCCGUGAUGUCGCAACUCUCUGGGCAGAGCUCCAGUGCCAGCCGGCAGAAGCCGGGCGUGCCGCAGCAGGCGCCCCCACAAACCUCGAUGGGUCUGACGGCCGAGGAGAUCGAACGCCUUAAUGCCCGUCCGAGAACCUGCAGCCUCGUCUCCACACUCGACGCUGUGUCCUCCAGUAGCGAGGCGCCACGAGUGCCCAGCAGCGCCCUGCACAUGUCCUUGGGCGGUGGCAUGCACAACACUGACGUGGAUGCCCACAGCUCAACUUCGACCGAUGAGAGCGGCAACGACAGUUUCACCUGCUCCGAGAUCGAGUACGACAACAACAGCUUGAGUGGGGAUGGGAAGUACUCGACCAGCAAGAGCCUCUUGGAUGGCCGCAGUCCUGUCGCUCGAGCGCUCAGCGGUGAGCCCACCCGGAAUCCGAGUGUCGUGAAAACCCCGCCCAUACCGCCGCACCCAUACGAUGGCUUCGAAUCCUCGUUCCGCGGCUCGCUCAGCACUCUCGUGGCCAGUGACGACGACAUUGCCAACCACCUGAGCGGCAUUUAUCGCAAAGCGAACGGCGCCGCCUCCCCAUCCGCCACAACACUGGGCUGGGAGUACCUGCUAAACUGGGGGCCAAGCUAUGAGAAUCUGAUGGGCGUGUUCAAGGAUAUCGCAGAGCUGCCCGAUACGACGGGCACGCAGCAGCAGCAACAGCAGCAGCAACAACAGCAGCAGCCACAGUCCGUGUCCACUCUGCGAAUGCCCUCGAAUGGCCAGGCAGCACCAGAGGAGUACGUUUAGACCGACCAGCCAGCUAGCCAGCUAGCCAGCAACCAGUACAAGCAAGGAAUGCAAGGCAGAAAUUAAUGUGUAAAUUGUGUGUAAAAUUGCCACUCCUCACCCCUCACCCAUCCCUCUAAGUAGGUGUUAAGUAUUGCCAUUCCAUUUCGCAAUGUACAACGAAAACGUAACGAAGAUACUUAAGUAGCUUUUAAUUUCGUAGAUCUGUAGAUCCGUAGAUCUUAUGCCUUGUAUUAAUUUAGAGACUAGUUGCAAAUUGAACGCCUUGUAUCAAGGCCAAACCAUCCUAAGUAAACUUCCAUUAAGGUUUUUGACUGAUCUAUAUGCAUAUGUACAUAUUGUAGUGUGUAUGUACAUAUAUGUUGAGGAAGCCGCAAAAAGAAAAAUUGGAUCAUUUAAUUGAUAAUUACUUUCCUUACUUGUGUAUAUGUUUUCUGUGUGCUAUAUUAAAUUAGUUCCAGUAGCUACUGCUUGUAUUGAUAUUUAUUGCCAUUUAAGUACAUUACAUUAUAAACAUUGCUCUAACUUAUUGACACCCACUACCCACUUCACCUUACUCCGACCGACACUUCCCCUAACCGCCUUAGUCGUAGCCAUAGACAAUGACAUUCAGAAAUACUUCGCAUUCCUCUAGACAUACAAUACUCUUACAUUUGAUCAUGUACAUGUAAAAUUGGUAUUUUAAUUACUUACGUAGUAAAAUGUUAAUAAAUACCUAAAAAAAAACACUAGCAUAAAUAUUCUGAAAUGCUGUAAACUGUUUGAAACUUUCGAUGGGCCCGCCGAGGCUGUUGCAAACACUGCUACAAUUGCAAAGAAAACUUCCUCACGAUCAUGGAAGAGUUGAUCCUUGGCUAUGAUAUCCCUGGAUUAGGAUAUUUUUGGAUGAUUUUCGCUAUAACUCUGAUGGUGUGUUACAUCAUUAGGUUAGGUUAAGGCGGAGUUGGAGAGAGGGGAAAUCCCCCCUACCAUAACUCACUUGGUCCUGCUACAGGACCGUU